AGAAAUUAUAUUUCUACUUUAUUUUCUAUCAGUAUUAUAUGUUUGAGUCAAAUGCAGUUCUACAAAGACUUCAGUCAAACAGUAUUGUGACAUCAUAAAUAUGGCAUCAGGGACAACAAAUGGGGACGAUGCUGAUCUUCGAGCUCCAAGGCGUCGUCAACCUUCACAAAGACUUGGAAUAAGCGGAUAUGAGAUUCAUAGAGCAGUUCAAGCACUGCAAGAUCAGCACCAAACUGUACAGAAAAGAACAUUCACAAGAUGGAUGAAUUCACAUUUAUGCAAGUGGAGGCCUCCUCUAGAAGUGAAUGAUCUCUAUGAAGAUAUACGUGACGGAACGAAGCUUAUUGCAUUGCUGCAGAUAUUGUCUGGAGAAAGAUUGGUUACAGAAACGAGUCGCAGAUCACAACGCUUCGGUCAUCUCACAAAUAUACAGACAGCGUUAGCAUUUCUUGAAAAUAAAAAGAUAAAACUUGUCAACAUAAACCCAACAGAUGUCGUAGACGGCAAUCGUUCCAUCAUUCUAGGAUUGCUUUGGAAAAUUAUAUUGUGUUUCCAGAUUCAUCGUUUGUUACCGAUAUUUCCGAUUGAAGAGCUCACGAACAAUCUCGCUUUUGCAAGUGAUCUGUCCACAAGUACGUCCAGUAUCGAUAGUUUUGCUACAGAUGGGGGAGGACCGCCCAAGAAAAAGAAAGCUGGAGCAAGAUCGAAAUGGAAGGGAGCCGCAAAGAAAGCUCUAUUGCAAUGGGUGAAGAAAAAAACUGCAAGCAAUCCAGAAGGCUUCAACAUAGCAGUAAAAGAUUUCGGGCCGAGCUGGAGAGAUGGGGGAGCUUUUAAUAAGAUGAUUUACACAAUUCAGCCCGAACUCGUCGACUUAGGCCAACUUGGUCGACACACAAACACAGAGAAUUUAGAACAUGCAUUCCAGGUCGCUGAAAAACAUCUUGGGAUUCCGAGGUUACUGGAGCCCGAAGAUGUUGAUGUUGAUAGACCAGAUGAGAAGUCAAUAAUGACUUAUGUUGCUCAAUUUGUGACCAAAUAUGCUACUCUAAGUGGAGAAACCGAAGUGGACGCCCCUCAGGUUGAUGAGAAUACAAUUCAAUAUGAAGAAGUUAUGUUCUGGUUAUCUGAGGCCGAGGAAAAACUUGCAGAAGUUCAUAAACGUUUCCGAUACAGACAUCAAGACUAUCCUGACCGACUCGAACUCCGGGCAAAGUUUGGGGAAAUAGAUGACCAGGCUCAAUUACUACGUGACAAGUGGGCGGACGGUCAGGCGUCCUCAAUUUCUGAGCAACAGAUAGAACAAAUGGAUAAUUUGCUGAACAAGAUUGACAAAUCAGUAAAGAAAUGGCAUCGUGAACUCGACAGUCGUCUCCCAGGCCAGCUAGGUGAAGUCGGAGCCUGGCUGCAUGAAGCAGAAGAAAUUCUGUCGAGAAAAUAUGACGACGCUGCAAAUGAGGAGGAGAUUGCAGUAGUCGUCAAGAAACAGAUGGAUGAACAUAGUGCUGUUUUCAAGAACAAGAAAAUAAUGGAGCAAAUGUUUCAAAGAAGCAGAAGUACACGACAGUCAAGGAUCGGGCAGCAACAAAUUCCUAAAGAACAACUGGACGAUAUGAGCCAGAGAUUUUCAAGAAUCACCACUGAAUCCGCUUCAAGAAUGGCUCAGCUUGAAUUCAUGGAAGCGAAGUCCCAAACCCUGGGAUUCCUGGCCACUGCAGAGACAAUGCUGAAGCAAUGGACUGUAAAAUAUGGGAGAAAACCAUCUGUGGAUGUCUUAUUGCAGAAUUAUAAGGAAACAAUUGAAAAUGGCAAUUUUAUACAAAAAUUCAAAACAGCCAGUGAGAAGUUGUUACGAUCUGGGGAAGCAUAUCUGGCAUCAGAUAUUCCACCGGAAGAGAAGGAUCUUGUCAGGAAAUUCCUUGAAGAUAAAGAGGCUCAGGUUGCCAAUGUUAGCAUCGAGCUUCAAAGUGUUGAGAGCAUGCUGGAAGAAGUGGGGGCAGGAUGGCAACAAUAUGAAGAAUGUGUUGCCAGAUUACAACCUUGGUUGGACCAGGCUGAACAAAUCAUCAAGACUAAAGGAAAGAAAGGGAAGGAUUUUUUUCAUGACCUUCCAUCCUGGGUCCAGACGCAUGCAACAAUGAAUGCAAGUGGAAAUUUUCUAAUUGAAACUUGUGAUGAAAACGUCAGUAAAGAUGUCAAACAACAAUUGUUACUGCUGAAUGGAAGAUGGAAACAGGUCUAUGAGGUCUGCAAAGGCUACAUGAGAGAAGAGGAGCUUGCUAGAAUGCGAGAGGAGUUUCACAUUGGAAUCAGUGGUUUACAGAAAUGGUUGGAUAAUGUGGAAUCGACUGUAACGCAACCUACUUCAAUGGAAUAUCAUCUUGUCAAAGAGAAUCUACAAGAUAUUGAGGAUAUCCGAGAUGAGAUUCACCAAGCAGAAGAGAAGUAUAAACAAGUAAGCAAACUGGCACAAGGAUUAGUCAAAGACACACCACAGGAAGAAGUCAAUGAAAUGUUGGUCACUAUGACUAAGAUUAAAGAUAGACUGCUAAAGGCCAGAGGUGAUGUCAACCAGUACAUUGGUAACAGCAGUAAGAUGUUGGAACCUUUACAAGACAUUGGAGAAAAUCUGGCAACCCUGGAUGGGUGGCUGAUAGAAGCUCAAGAAAUAUUAAAUGAAUAUGGAAAUUCUGAUAAAGAUGUGGAAAGCAUGUACCAGAAACAUCAGCAAUUCUUUGCCAAAACGAAGGAACAGCAGAUGAAACUUGCUGAACUGGGACAAGCGCUGGAAAAAACUAAGAGUCUUGCUUUACCAGGCAUGGACACUGCUCAAUUACAGGACAAAGUCACUGAAAUAUCUGCUAAACUUCAGCUCUGCGUUUCUCAAGCCAAUGAGUGGAAACCAAAACUCAAGGCUGGAACAGAAACAUCUCGUGAAUAUAAAAAACAUCUUGGUUCCAUUCAAAGAUGGAUACAGCAUGCUGAAAAGAUAUUGAGUAAACCAUUGGACGAGGAAGCACCUAGAAUGCUUAUGAAAGAACAUCAGGAAUUUUUUGCCGAAGUUGAUCCGUCCCUUUUACCAGCCUUUUUGGAAGCCAGUAAAAAGUUACAAGAGUCGCAGAUAUCGGAAUCUGAGAAGUCAAAGGUCAAUGAAAUGACCAAUCAAAUGCAACAUGAAUAUUCUUCAGCCUUGAAAAGAUCAACACAGAGAUUAUUGAAGCUUAAGUUCUUGGAAGCAGAAGAUGAAUUCAGUGCAUUGAUAGCAACUUGCAAUAUGCAACUUGAUGAUGAAGAGAAUCAACUUAGCAGUAAAACUAAAGAAAAUGAAGAAUUACUGGUGGAACAUAAGGCAAAUUUUGAUGAGUCUUUCAAGCAAUUUGACAAACUUAUGAACACAAUGGAAGCACUUUGCGACAAUCUGAGGGAAUCCGUACCUGGUGAUCAUACCUGGACAAAGAAACUGACGGAAUUAAGAGAGGAACACGAAGAUGUAGUGACUGCUGAGGAAGAAAUGUUCAUGAGACUGACAGAACUGCCUGAAAAAUGGCAGGAAUUUGACAAGAAAAUGGCGACAGUGAAAGAUUGGGUGAAGCAGUCGGAAAAUGUGAUGGAAACCGUUCAUAAACCUGUGGAAGCUGAUUCAGAUUAUUUCAAUACACAGCGGAAAAAAUUCAAGGCGAUUUCAUCAGCAAAAGACGAGCAUUUGAGCACCCUCGAGUGGUUGAGUGCGACCCUUGUUGACCUUGCAAAGCACUCUCGACCAGAGGAUAUUGAGAAACACCAAGAGACACUCAUGAGACUCACGGCGAGUAGUAAAUCGGUCAUUAACGCUCUCCCCAUCACUGAGAAAAGAGUGGAAUCCGUUCAAAUGUGCUUGGAGUAUAAAGAUAGGAUACAGGAAACUGUCUCUGCGAUUGAUCGAGAGCUUGAAGAAAUCAAUAACUUCAAUGAAGAAAUGAAAUCAAAACCUGUUGAUGGUUGUGAAGAUGCUGAAAAGACUUUGAGUCAUUUCCAGAACAUGAUGAAUGCACUCGAAGCUAUCUCAGUGCAAGUUAACGAAGACGUUAAUCUCGGGAAAGAACUUCACGCUGAUGAGCAGUGUCCUACGUUUCUCUACUCAGAAGUUUCAGGACUUGAGAAGAAAUGGGAUAAACUACAGGAUGUGGCCGCUCAAAGGGAGAAAGAGUUAGAGGAAACAGUGCAAGCAUGGAAAGCACACACAGAUAUUCUGACGCCGAUCCAAGAUUUUAUUUCACAAACAAUUCCUGUCAUUGAAGCCAGACUACGACUCAGUAACAUCAACUCUAUCAAUCAAGAAAUUGCAACCAAAACUGCGAUGCAAGACCAAGUGGAUCAUGCCCUGAAAGGGAUGAAACUUGCUGAAGCGAACAUUGCAGUUUUAUCAAAGAAAUCUAGCAAGGCAGGGGCUGAAAGUCUGAAGAAAGAACUGAAUGAAAUUACUGAAAAACUGGAAAAAGUAAAAUCAGCUCUGAAUGAAGGAAUUGCUAAAGCGCAAGGAAUAAAGAAAGAAUGGAUGAAUUGUGAGGAAGAGAUGAAUAGUGUUGUUCAAUGGACGCAAGAAAUUGGAACAAAGAUUUCUGCAAUUGAGCAAUCUCAAGAGAAUCCAGAAAUCCAAUUCACACAAGCACAGGAGACAGUUGGUUCGAUACUUGCCAAAUCACAAGAGCUUUCUCAAUUGGAAGAGAGAAUAAAUCAAAUUGAAGGAUUAGAAUCACCUACUACACUGCAUGCAACACUGGCAACAGUCAGAGGAAAAUGGGAACAGGUUCACAACAGGGCGCAAAAUCUUGUGACAUCUCUUGGUGAAAAUCUGAGCCAUCAAGAAAAGUUUGAAUCCACAGUUCAACAAGUGGAAGAGAAUUUACUUGCUGCUGAACAACAUUUUCAAGUUGAACUCGAGCCCUGCGAAAGUUCUGAAGAUGUGCAGGACAGGAAAGAUGAGCAUUUGAAAUUUACUCACACUCUCGAACAAGUGAAACUAGGACUCACAACUCUGCAAUCUGAGGCCAAAUUAAUCAAAGAUCCUGCUAGAGCUCAAACAAAGAGACAUCAAUUACAACAGAGAUAUGCUGACAUCAUUAACUUGAUCAGGACUCGAACUCAUAACCUUGACGAAGCGAUUCAAAAAUUCCAAGAUUAUGAGAAGAAAGUGAAUAAAGUGAAACAGUAUAUUGAAAGAUGCGAUGAGAUUGUGUCUGCUGAUCACAGUGCAUUACCUGGAGACCCCCAGAAAUUACAGCACGAGUUACAAGUAGCUGAUAAGCUAUGCAGUGACAUUCAAUUCCAUAAGGAAUCAUUACAGGAACUUCGAGAAUUUAUUGAUGAAAUUGAUCAGAAUGUUCCAGUUUCCACAGAUAACGUCCUCACAGAGAUUAAUGCAAUGGAGGUCCUCCUGAACGAUCUACCUCAACAGUUUGCUGAUCGGAAACGAAUUGUCAGUGCAGCUCUAGCCUCGCAUACACAAUACAACGAUACGAUUGAACGGUACACAAUAUGGCUACUCAACUUUGAGAAGUCCUUACGAUCAACCACAGAUGUCUACUUAGAUGAUGUUCCUCUUGCAGUAAAUGUUAUUAAGGUAGGUUACUAGUUCAAACCGGUCAGAACCGGAUUUUUCUGGUAAGAACUUGAUUGCACUGGUGAUGAAGACUGGAUGAUGAUUGAAGAUACAGUCGGAUUUUGGGUAAGUUUGGUGAGUAUAUACUUCACAGGUAACUGAAAAACUUUUGGGGUCAUCCCUGCACAACCUUACCUUUGGUCAUGCUUCGAUGAAGACUGAUCCUCAACAUUAAAAUAGGUUCGUGAGGUAAGAUUAGAGAUGUCCUUAUAAUUUGGUUUGAAUGUCCUGAUGCAGCCGGUUCUAACUGGUUUUCAUCAUGUAUUGAGUUAAAUCUGCUACAAAAUUGCAAUUUGAUUUUACAUACAUAACACAAAAAUACCCAAACUAAAUUUUUUGGACAUCUCUUUUCAAUCACUUAUAUGCACAGCCAAAAAGUUGAAUGUAAAAACAGGAAAUAAUUGGUAAGUUUUCCUGAGUCCUAUCAAUCCUAUCAUAUUGGUAAGUGUGGUGCCAAGUUCAAGUGCCAGUGACUUGAAUUUCUACAGAUCCAAAUGAUUUUAUCUGUGGCUUGGGUUUAUUUUGGAUCCAGUUUAAUCUGGAUCCAACUGGUAUUUUGUAUCACAUAUUGGAUUGGAAUGGAUUGGCCCUUGGAAGUCAGAUCUAUCUGAGCGGAUCUGACUGUUUUAUCUUAUAUAUUUAUGCAUUUAUUUGGGUUUAGUUUUGUUUUGGAUCCAGUUAUACUGGAUCCAACAGACAGUAUCAUGUCAUAUAUUGCCCACAUUGGCCUUAAUAUGAACUUUUUUGUUUCAUUUUGGAACCAGUUUUAACUGGUAUCCUGUCCUAUAUACGCCAUUGAGUAAGAUCUGUCUUAGACUGAUUUCACCGACUUCGUUUUAGAUCCAGUUGAAACUGGAUCUAACUGGUAUUCUGUUCUAUAUUGAGUCAGACCUGACUGAGGGUUACCUAUGUUUUUUUUUUUCAAAUUUUAGAUCCAGUUUGAACCGGAUCUAACUGGUUUUUCUGUCACAUAUGGUUUGCACUGGUAUCCCAACUGUUACAUUUAAUUUUUUUUGCCCCUCUCAUAAAUACGGUUGAUCUUGACUGGGAGGAUCGAUGCAUUUUCGUUUUUAUGGAUUUGAUGUUUUAGGAAGCUGACCAAUUAUAUAUAUAACCAAAUAUGUGACGUGUAUUGCAAGUAAGUAUGGCGAGAGUGGCCAAUAUCGAUGGAAACCAAAAAAGUGCAACGGAAACACAAAAAACUUCGUAAGCUUGCCCCAAAGUCUUAAAAAUCAUAUCAUUUUGGUGAGUAUGGUAUUUUAAUUCCCAAUGUCCAAAUGUCUUUUACUCUGUGGCCUGUUUUUUGCCACAUAUUGCCUAUGUAAGACUUUAGAUCUGUUGUAGUUAGAUAUAACUUUUCUUAUUUAUUUUAUAUCCAGUUUAAACUGGAUCAAACUGGUUUUUCUGUCAUAUAUGGUUUGCACUGGUAUUCCAACUGUUAUCGGUAAAUAUGAAUUGAAUACUGAAUGUUGCCUUAUACUAGAUCGAACAAUUUGAACCAGUUUUGUCUGGUUCGCACUGGCAUAUAUUUAGGCUGGUCUUAUAAUAGACCAGCCAUUUUUAAAUUUUGGUCAACCAAUUUUGAACCAGUUUUGUUUGGUUUGCACUGACAUAUAUUUAGGCUGGUCUUACAGUAGACCAGCCAAUUUUGAGUUCAGUCGUUGCCAAAAACAGACUACAAUGAACAAGCAUUUACCUCAUUCCUUUUUUGAAAGGGGAGACUUGUAUAGUUUGCAACAGUAUAUAUUUAGGCUGGCCAAACCAGCCGAUUUUGUACUGAUUGCAUUUUGUCUUCGGUCGUUUCUUUGAAAAGACCAACUAACUAGAAUCUCUAUGAACUAUUUUUAUUCUCGGUCCUUUAUGGAAGAAGAAGCUUUAUAUGGUUUGCACUGGUAUAUAUUUAGUUUUGACCUUUUCAUUUUGAACAAGUUGCUUAGUACAUAGAAACUUGUGUCGUCUUUCGUAUUUCUGGUAUAAACGUUGGAUGGUAAGUACAAGUUUCGUAGAAGUGAAAAAUCUUUCUGGUAAGUAUGACCAGGGGCGGAGCCAAGUAACCAGAGAGGGGGUUUAAUGUUUGAAAUUUACAAACAAAAAACCUUUUUCUGUACACCUGGCCAACUCCCCCCCCCCACCCCUCUAUUAAAGAAAAUUCGUGGCUACGCACCGGAGUAUGGCAAUAUGGGUACAAGGGCAAUUGAUCUGGUAAAUAUGGUUAUUCUGGCAACACUGGUUGGCACGUUAGUGAUGGAUCUCCCUCCGCUCAUCAGGAAUCCAG